UAUCAAAAGUUUUACAAACAAAAUCUGCUAAAACAAGAGAUACUUUUUUAUUUUGGGCACACCCUGGGGGAAUCUUACGACGAAACCUAAUGAAAAUAAAAUCAUAGUUUAAUAGUUGUCGCUAAUUCAUGCAGUUAAAUUACGUUCUCUAUAUAUAAAGCCCUUGAAAAAUUGGAAGAGAGAGCAUUCCUUGAAAAUAUAUGUGUGGUAAAAUGGGAGCGACAAAGGGCAAGAGAGGUCAUGUCUUGGCAGUACCAUUCCCAGCUCAAGGCCACGUGACGCCCUUACUCAAAUUCUCCCGCCUCAUUGCCUCUCACGGUGUCAAGCUCACUUUCGUCAACACACAUUUCAUACACAACAAAUUAGCAGCAGCAACGAAUUCCCACGCUCCUCAACUUGGCGUCGUGCUCGCUUCCAUCUCCGACGGGCUGCCCGACGACGACGACCGAAGCGACGCUUUCAAGCUGUGGGAGAGCCUCAACAGCACGAUGGCCGGCCACCUCACCGAGCUGAUUGAGAAGAUCAACGCUUCAAAUUGCGAUGAGAAGAUCAGCUGCAUCAUCGCCGACGUCACGCUUGAAUGGAUUUUGGAGCUCGCUCGAGAUUUCGGAGCUCAAUCUUUCGGUUUUACCCCUGCCUCUGCCGCUUCCUUGGCUAUGGUUCUUCAAAUCCCCAAUCUCAUUCACCAAGGAAAUCUUGAUCUCAAUGGAACUCUGAAAGGGAUUGAGAGUGUGAGGCUGACAGAUGAAAUACCCGCUUGGAGAAAAGAUGAAUUCGCUUGGAGCUUUCCUAUUGACUUGAAAACUCAGAAAAUCAUGUUAGAAUGCUGUCUUUGUGGGGAGAAAUCCGCCAGAUUUCGAUCCACUUGGCUGCUCUGCAAUACAUUCUACGAACUCGAGUCCUCAGCUUGUGAUUUGAGCCCUAAAUUGUUGCCUAUUGGGCCAUUGCUGGACUCCCAAUGUAGGGCAAAUUGUAGCAGCUUUUAUGUUGAAGAUACGUCAUGUUUAAGGUGGUUGGACGAGAAAGCAGUUGCCUCGGUGAUCUAUGUUUCUUUUGGGAGCUUGGCUGUUUUGUCCCACCACCAACUACAAGAGCUAGCGUUAGGGCUUGAGCUAUCGGGUCGGCCCUUUUUGUGGGUCGUGAGGUCUAAUCUCACCAAUGACGGGUCACGGGUUGAGUACCCGGAGGGUUUCUUGGGGAGGGUGUGCAGUGGUGGGCUAGGGAAAAUUGUCGAAUGGGCGCCUCAAGAAAGGGUUUUGUCUCAUCCCAGUGUUGGGUGUUUUUUGUCGCACUGUGGGUGGAACUCGACUUUGGAGGGCUUGGCUGCGGCCCUGCCCUUCUUGUGCUGGCCGUAUUUUGCGGAUCAGUACCACAACCAGAGCUACGUUUGUGACAAGUGGAAGAUUGGAUUGAGAAUUGAGCAAGAUGAGAAUGGGAUUAGGGGUCGGGAUGAAAUCAAGAAGAAAAUUGAAAUAGUGGUUGGUGAUGAUGAUAUCAAAGCAAAUGCAUUGAGGUUGAAGGAGAUGGCUACAAUGAGUGUUGCUCAAGAGGGAUCCUCUUUUCUGAAUUUUCAGAGAUUCAUUGAUCAUCUUAUUAUGGAAUAAAAGAGAUGACUACUAUACAGUAUACUAUCA